GUCACUACCCAAGAUAACUAGUCAAGAUGAUGACGGCCCAAACAAUCAAACACCCUAUACAGGAGCCGGGAAUUUCGAGCCAAUACCCCACGACCACGACUUCUGUGAGAGAGUCGUUAUAAACGUCAGCGGUCUCCGGUUCGAGACGCAGCUCCGAACGCUCCACCAGUUUCCGGAGACGCUGCUGGGGGAUCCCUCUCGGAGAAUAAGAUACUUCGAUCCUCUUCGAAAUGAGUACUUUUUCGACCGUAACCGGCCCAGUUUCGACGCCAUCCUUUAUUACUACCAGAGCGGCGGGAGACUCAGACGACCCGUCAAUGUGCCUCUUGAUGUAUUUGCGGAGGAGAUCAAAUUCUACGAGCUCGGCGAGGUGGCCAUCAACAAAUUCAGGGAGGAUGAGGGCUUCAUCAAGGAGGAGGAGCGGCCACUACCGGACAACGAAUUCCAGCGGAAGGUGUGGCUGCUCUUUGAGUACCCAGAGAGUUCGCAGAACGCCCGCGUUGUGGCAAUUAUUUCCGUCUUUGUUAUUCUCCUGUCCAUUGUGAUCUUUUGCCUUGAGACGCUACCGGAAUUCAAGCAUUAUAAGGUGUUCAAUACCACGAACAACGGUACAGUGGUUGAGGAGGACGAGGUUCCUGAGGUUACAGACCCUUUCUUCCUGAUAGAAACCAUUUGUAUCAUUUGGUUUUCAUUUGAACUACUAGUGAGAUUUUUCGCGUCGCCGCUUAAAGGAGCAUUUAUGAAAGACAUCAUGAACAUUAUCGAUAUUGUAGCUAUCAUUCCUUACUUUAUUACGUUGGCUACCGUCGUUGCUGAAGAGGAGACCGAGGAGUAUGUGAUUCCGGCGGAGAGUCUGUCGCCGCACGAGAAGGGGUCAAACCAGGCCAUGUCCUUAGCCAUCCUUCGUGUCAUUCGACUGGUUCGAGUCUUCAGAAUAUUCAAGCUUUCUCGACACUCCAAGGGACUCCAGAUCCUUGGAAGAACGCUCAAGGCAUCGAUGAGAGAACUCGGCCUGCUCAUUUUCUUCCUCUUCAUCGGUGUGGUUCUGUUCUCAAGCGCUGUGUACUUCGCCGAGGCAGGUUCAGAAAAAUCUCACUUCAAGUCAAUUCCCGAUGCCUUCUGGUGGGCGGUCGUCACCAUGACAACUGUGGGCUAUGGAGACAUGACGCCCGUUGGAGUCUGGGGGAAAAUUGUGGGGUCCUUGUGCGCCAUCGCCGGCGUGCUGACGAUCGCUCUGCCCGUCCCUGUCAUCGUAUCAAACUUCAAUUACUUCUACCAUCGGGAGACAGACCAAGAGGAGAUGCAGAGUCAGAACUUCAACCACGUCACCAGUUGCCCGUACCUUCCUGGCACUGUUGGCCAGCACCUGAAGAAGGACUCGUUAUCGGAAUCUUCGUCAGACAUAAUGGAGCUUGAGGAGGGAAUGCUGAUGCAACAUGAUCUCAGUAAAAAGCAGAAUUGCAACCCGCGCCACAACAACAAUAUAAACGCCAUGAGCAUCGAAACUGAUGUCUGACACUUGUGUGUCACACAGGACUCGAGUAGUGCCAAUAUAGUGUGCACGAAGUAACAGUUAAACGUUGGUGGAGCUGCCGUAUCAUCUUCACACUACGGACCUACGUGGUGGUGGAGGCAGCCUUGAAUGCACUCGGGUCAUAUUGGGUCAGGAGGUCAAAGGUUUUUCUCUUUCUUGAAAGAGAUGAUCCAGUUUGGGGAUGAGAGAGAGAGUUUGAGAUAG